CUUAUUAUCAUCAAUGCCAGUGCAUUCAUCUCCCCCUCUUGCCGAGCCUAUCGUCUUUACCUACGAGGAGCUCAAGGAUCCUCACUCCAACCUUACCGAUCGCAUUCUACAGGCUUACGGUCGAGACUCUCUCGGACUAUGCUGCGUGAGUGACGUCCCCAAGUAUACGGAGUAUCGGCAGGCGUUGCUGCCUAAGAUCCACACCCUAGGGAACUUGCCCCCAUCAGCCCUUGAGAAAUACGUCCUACCAGAAGCGUUCUUUAACGUCGGAUGGUCUCAUGGUAAUGAGAAGCUGGGAGGUGGAAGACCUGAUCUCGGCAAAGGAUCUUUUUACGCCAACCCUUUGUUCGAGAACCCUGGCGAGCUCGACCCCACCGCACAACAGCGCCAUCCAGCGUGCGCUACCCCCAACGUGUGGCCCAAAGAGGUCCCAGGUUUCCGUGAGGCGUUCAUAGACGCCGGGAGGCUGCUCGCCGAAGUCGGAACCAUGGUAGCUAGGCACAUGGACAAGGCCUGUCAAGCCCAUGGAAUCAAAUGCUGCAGUCUUGUCGAAGCUACUUUCGAGAAGUCGCGUCUGUGUUGCGGUCGAGCCCUUCACUACUACCCAUUGGAGCAAGGGGAGGUGCAAGAGGGAACAGAAGACUCUUGGUGCGGUUGGCACAAUGACAAUUCCGUCAUAACAGGGCUAUUCUCUCCAAUGCUCCUGGACGCUACCACAGGGCAGCCCAGUACCACACCUGAGGAUCCUAAGGCCGGCUUAUAUGUCCAGAACCGUCGACGCGAGGUUUAUAAGGUCCACCUCCCUCCUGAUUGUAUCGCCUUCCAACUGGGCGAGGCUGCCCAGAUCAUGACUGGUGGGCAUUUAGUAGCCACACCGCAUAUGGUUAAGGGCUCUUCCGUUCCUGAGGUCUCUCGGGAACAGCUUGCCGUGUUUUUCGAACCAGACUGGGAUAGAGUCAUGGCUUUGCCUGAUGGCAAUAGAACGGACCAGAUGGUCAAUGCCGGCGCCAAUAUCCCGGAAGUUCCGCCGCUGGCCAAACGUUAUCGUGGCCCUUCGGUCACCUUCGGGGAGUUCUUGGAAGACUCAUUCCGAGAGUAUUAUAAUAUGAAGACUUCAACGGCUGUUGCAGGCGGCGGCACUGCUGCGGAGAUGGCUUGAGCCAGUCGGAUACGUUUUCAUCGCCUCUUCAUUUCAUUCUUUUGUGGAUCUUCAUGCUGAGUCGGAUUUCGAGAUGGAGGUAGCAGACGUUACAUAAAUACAACAUUUAUUGAAGUAUUUGAAGGCUGAUCAAUGUUCGUUGUUGUCG